GUGCGCCUCUCGGUCAGCGUCAGCCAGGGAUAUAUCUCCCUCCACAAACCACUUGAGGAACGAAAGAUGCCAGUGGCCGACCUUCCUUUUUCGGUCCUCCUCGAUGCUUUACUGCAGCCCAGUAGGACAUGGCGGUAAUCACCAAAACAAAGGCUGAAGGAAAGCCUGGUGUCCACGUCAAGGAAAGCCCAGCGAAGACAACGCUGGGCAAACUCUGGGCAAAUGCUAUCGAUAACUUCAUCCGGGAAAAUAAUGUCAACCUUGAGCAAUUGGAGCAGGCCGGCGAUGUCGCAGAAGCAAGUACUGGCGUUGCGAAAGCCGCCGAACUGUUUAAGAGAGCCCGGCACCCAAAAGACCAAGCCGACAAGAUCGUCAUAGCGGUCGGUGGAUGCCUCGACUGGUUGGACAAGGCCGUUGGCUUGAUUGCAGAUGCGGUCCCCGACGGGUACGGAACACCUGCAAAGAUCGUUGCUGGAACAGUCUCGUACAUGAUCAAGGCAGCGAAAAACAUGACAGCAGACUUCGAUCUAAUCGAGCAAACGUUUGAAAGCAUUCAUAAUGCUGUUCGAGAUAUUGAUAUCCUUGCGGCCCACUCAUUCAAGGAUGAUCACUUCACCAGCCGCCUGAUGGAGAUAUUCCUCGCCAUGUUCGAUUUCUGUGGCUACACUACUAAGGUCUUCAGAGAGUACAGUCGAAAAAGAAUGUUUGUUCGGGCUUUGAUGAAGGGACGCAAUGACAAGGUCAACCAAAAGUGUGACAGUGUCCAGAAAGCUAUCUUGUUAUUUAGGGACACCGCCCAGAUCAAAGCCCUUGACAUCGCUCUCGACUCGAAUGAAAGACUCGGCGACUUGCCAAAGAGAUUUGACGAGUUGCCGUAUAGCCUGGUGGCGGCGAUCCGAACGGCCAAGCUCAAACCGUCAGAUUUCGAAUUCCAAAAGAAGUCGUCAUCGGUGAAGGUCAUCACGGAGGAUUUCAAAAAGCGUAACGUGAAUGUGGAAGCUCGAUCAAACAUGGAGAAGCAAAUGACAGUCAUUGAAGAGCGGUUUGUCCCAGGCACCUUUUCCUGGGUCAACGAAGACACAGGCUUUACGGCGUGGUCCAAGGGGUCAUCUCCAUUCAUCUUCGUCUCCGGCUCUUCGGGAGCGGGUAAAACUUAUUUUGCGAAUAAGUGCUACCGCUUCCUCCAGGAACUAUCCAAGUCCAUCGCUAUUACUGGAAUGAUGGAACCUGAUCGACCACGACAAGCCUCGUGCGUUACUUGCUUUCUCUUCGAACCAGGCAAAGAAGAUUUUACUUCCAGUCGUCAUGAGGACGCCCAGUCUUUCAAGAAUGUACUCGCCUCACUUGUUCUGCAGAUCGCUGAGCAAGAUCCCAGGCUGGGUGAUUCUAUGGCACAAGAACUGAAAAAGUGCCCAGCAAACGACGAGGAAGGCAUAGCCACGUUUUUGUGGCAAAGCCUGAUCCUGAAGAAGUUUGAACGGUCUUCAGAGUCGCCGAGGGCACUCUACGUUCUCCUCGACGGCAUUGACCAGAUGAGGGAAAGCGCUUUUGAGAGGAUGCUGGAACCAUUCAAAGCUUUGGGUAGUGACAAGCAUUCUAUACGCGUCCUGAUGACCGGGCCUCCCGGGACGCGCGACAAGAUUGUUCUAAAAUCAUUGUCCAUCAUUGAUCUGGAUGAGAAGACAAGACAGGCGGACGACAUCUCUAAGGUGAUUGAUCAUCGAAUCGCACGCUCCGACCACUUGAAGAGCCUAGGAUCCGAGUUGCAUGCAAAGAUUAAAGACAGGUUCAAACAAGGGAAAGACAGUAUCAUGUCGUCGAUCGAUCUCCUCUUGACGCUCGUUGAGCAAAGUGAAGCCGACCAGACGAAGACCCUGCAGUAUAUGGAAUACCUGGGGUCACCUGUGUGGCUGUAUGAAACCAUGAUAAAGAUUGUCAAGGAACAGAGAAGUGACGACGAUCGGAGAAGUGUUGAAAGAAUAUACUCGUGGUGUACUUUUGCCAAAGAACCCCUCAGUGUCCAGCAGCUUUCUCACCUCACGGCUCUUGAUGCCUCCUUGGCCAAUUUCGACGUAGGCAAGGAGAUUCUUCAAGGCAAGUCUUCAAGUUUGCUAUUCAGCAAGACAACAUCAGAGGAUCAGGAUGGACCUGACAGUAUACCCGCCCCCAAGGUGACCGCUGAUCUCAUCUCUUUUCGGCAGCCUGCAGUAAGAGAAUACCUGGAAAGAGGUGACAACGGCAUGAUCGAAGAUGCUCUUCAAGAGAAGAUUGGCAUUUUCCAGGUCCUCUGCGACGUCCUUUGCAACGCCAAUGCCGAAGAUCUGUCUCCAAUCUCCCAUAAAGUCCAGGAGUAUGCUGCAGCAAAUGUGAUACAGCAUUUGGCAGACAUAGAUAUCAAAAGUUCCAAUCCAGAACAAGGUGCAAAGGUCGUCGAAGCCAUCUCACGGAUUAUGACCAACAAGAACGACGCGUGUAUCGUUUUCGAGUCAGUGAUGGAACGGCAAGGCUAUUACGAUUAUGUGUACUUCGACUUGUACGAACCUUUCGACGCCUCGGACAUGUUCAGUGGGCAACCCGCUGCCUUGUUGCUUGCUUGGGCCAAGAAGAUGAGCUUUCACGAUGACGAAGAGCUUACAGUCUCUGCGCGUGAUUGGGUUGCAGCAACUAUCAAGGCACCUCAAAACAUGCUCGAGACCCUGGGACGUGGGCACCUUGACAACAUGGCAAGACAGGUCACCUGGAAGGACGCCAGAGUCCCUUAUAGGCUGGCUUUUCGUGCUCUGUUCACCACUAGGCUGUUUAUCGGAUCGGUCGAGCAGCCCUUGGGUCCGAUGCGACGUCACCACUAUGAUUUAUACAUAAACGACAGCAUAGCAAGCACGAUGCUGAAAUACGGACGAAAACAACAUCCAUCUAAUCACCUGUGGUUUGUUCAGGCUCGCAAUGCGGCAGCGUUGCUGUUGAAUGAUUCAUUCAGCUCCGAGGACCAAGACAAGGCUGCUCGAUUGUACAGGACGAACUUGAAGAAGGGAAGACUGCUAAGACCUGAGCGGUUCUAUGCCUUGCUUGGGCUUGCAGAGUAUCAUGCUGUAAAAGCGGAUGAGGCUGAGAAUAAGGACGGGUCCGAAGAGCUAUGGGCAAAGGUGCAGAAAUAUACGACGCAGGCACUAAAUCAAUGGGAAGACGAAAAAGGUGCCCUCGGCUCUGAGCUCAACAAUGAACGCUACCUUGCCGCAUGUCUGCUCAAGGCGAAAGCAUCCCGAAAGCUAAAAGACGAUAUCAACGCCUUGAAAACGUGCCAAGAUGUCUUUGAAGCAUUCAGGCGUGGCCAGAUACAGUACAGCCAGGUGUUACUCGACUUCCUGACGAUGAUCACAGAUAUCCAUUUUGAUGAGAAACAAUACGCCAAAAUCCUCUAUGAGGUUCGCCGUCAAGAAAGUCGAGUCAGAUAUGAAUGGCUAUACGAACGUCCGGACAGACUAACACAAAAGGGUGAUCACCUGCGGCAGGCUGCCGUACACUCUCGUCGAAUGGAUAUCCUUGCUCAACUCUAUGAGGGAGCUGUUGAGUACUGGCAAUCCCUUGAUCCGAUUCGAGCGCUUGACUUGCAAUACGACCUCUCGCUCAUUCUGCGGCAAGACACUCGUACCACAAGGAUGGCCGAGAUCCUCUUGGACAGUAUUAUUGAUAUGGUCAAGGUCGAUAUCAAUCUAUCCAGGGGCGGCAUUAUCCGAUCGGUUUUCCCUUUCAAGACAGACAUACUCUUUGAGAAGUACUGCUGCUGCAUGAGCACUUCCAUCGAUACAAUAGUUGGAAUCAUCGACACUCUGACUCAACUCAUCAGAGAAUUUAGGGAGACUGCCAUAAUCGAACCUAUUGCGUUGGCAAGGGCGUAUGUCACUCUGGCAAAAAUGCAAAAACAAAGGUACGGGUGGGCUCGGGCUAUGUAUGAAGCCAACCAAGCGUUCAAAUUCUGCAUUGCAGAUCUCGAAGACACCAUCGGAUCAAAUGAUGCUAUGGCUUUCGACGUCCUCGGCAUAGUUUUGAGUUUUGCUGGCAUUGAAGACGAUGCACAAAUAGCACUAUCCCUUCGUUUCUCGGAGAUAAGAAUCUACGAUGAUUCUGAACGACGAUACAGUGUUUCAAUUAGCGACGACGGUAAUGUAACGGAAUCAGACGCUGGCUCCGCGGAGGAUGUUGAAUCGUCGGAUACCGAGUCAGAUGCUGACAGUGAAGGUCUUGAUAACCAUGACGGGCGUAGUAUUGCGGACGAGAACGACAGCAAAGAAAAAGGGAACUUGCUGGCAGAGAAAGUCGAGCAAACGAUCCAAGGGCCCGGGGCGAAGCAGUCACCUGAUGCGGAGGUAGCGACUUCGCUUGAGAUUACGAGGUCCCAACCAGCCGACGACCCAGACGCCUCGCCAGGGAUAGCAGCGGACGUACACGGUCCCGAGAAGCACACGCUGACAGAAACUCACGAUGCACAGGGAAGCUCGUCGUCACACGCUGAAAGUACCACUUCCACGAAUGGCAACGCUUUGACGACCGCCACCACGCCAGAGCCGGCUGCGAAAGACGACGAAAAGCCUCCAGAGAUUCUCAACGAGAGACCUGUACCGCUGCCUUCAUCGGUCCCAUUGCCCGCUUCGCCGAUCUCCUUACGGUCCACUUCACCGGCAUCUUCGCGGAUGCGUUCACGGAAGUCUUCACGGAAACCUUCACGAGAGCCUUCACGUACACGAAGCGAGCCCGACACUAAAGAAGUGGAAGAAGAUCUUUUCGAUUCGGGCGGCAUAGGGUGCGUGGGGCCCUGCGACACAGCCCGCAUUGAUAAAUGGGAACGGGGUCAGAAGUUGUACAUGUGCCUUGAUUGUGUCGAUUCAUUCUUCUGCGCGGAUUGCCACGCAGCGCAGAGGCAAUACUGGAUGGGGGAAAGUGACGGAUUUUGGUACAAGUGCUGCUGGGGCGAACACAACUUUAUCGAGACUCCGAUCGACGACUGGCGAGGAGUCAAGAAAGGGAUCAUCCGAAUCGGCGACAAGGAGAAACCUUGGGUUGACUGGCUUGAUACGGUCAAGAAGAAGUGGGCGAGAAAGAUGGCCGAGGCCGAAAAAGCAACAGUAUUUGUGUGAAUAGGCUACGCUCACUGUACAUUAAGUAUCGAGCCUGUUUGCAGAAAAAGUGGCACCGUCUGACAGGGCGCAUAUCAAAGACACAAGUUCGAGGUCAAGCUGGUUCACAACAGCGGAUUUCUUGACGGCAAGAUAUGAGCGCUGUACGAUAGAGCUGAUGGCCUUACACCUGCCAAGGCAAAACGCUAUAUCGUUGUGUCUAAAGGACUCCGGGAUGACAAUAAGAAUGGUAUCUACUUGAACCUGAC